AACGGACCAGGACGUAAAAUGCUUAGUUAACAGCAUCAAGUUCUUCAUUGAGCUCUUCAAACAGAAGCUACUGACAGAGGCCUUUAUGCAAGAGUGUGUUGUCAAAUUGCUAAAACAACAAGAAGGCAAGACACUCGAGUGCCUAUGUCACCUCCUCACCAGCGUGGGUAAUGAGAUGGAUGUUGGGGAAGCAAAGUCUAAAAUUGACGCACACUUCACCCAACUGAAGAACCUGGUGAAGGAGCAAAAAAGGGGAUCUAAGAGAAUCCGUAAUAUGAUGAAGGACGUCCUGGUCCUGAGAAUGAAUGAUUGGGUGCCUCAGGAAACCAAACAGCAGAAUGUUUUGUGAACUGCUGAUAACAGCUGAUCAGUCAAUCAUAUUAAGACCUCAAAGAUUGGCGUCGUCCUCACUCUGGUGAAGGUAUCCGCCCCAAACACCCAUUCAAACAACUAGCACUCAUCUGCCCCUUCGUCCCCUGCCCCACCCAAGGAACCUAUCUAUUCUGCCCCACCUCACAGUAGACCCCACUGGAGAACCUAAACCUAGAACCCCCCCAAAAAAAGAUUUUAAUGUCUUUUUAUUACUUAUAAGGCAACUGUUUUAAAAAAACGAUUCCCCCCAAAAACCCAACCUAACCUUACCCUCUGUAAUCUUUACAUGAAUUUAAAAAAAAAUAUUACUUGAACAUGUUUCACGUAACGUAACACGUUUUUUCUGCUAUCCAUGUUUUUCCGGCGGUAUUCUGAGAUAAUGCCUGCUCAAGUUUGGAUCUCUAUGAAUUCUUAAAGAAGACUACAGACGACCCAACACAUGUGGAGAGAUGAUUCCAACCCCUGUGCUGACUUCAGAUGACGAGGAACCAGAGGUUAAUAUAGAGAUGAAAAGCAAUGGAGACGUCAACAGAGAAUCAGGACGAGCCGGUUUUUAUAGCCUAAAUGUUUUAAGGGUGUUUUUGAAGAACCCACUGGCUUAAAAGCCCAAUUAUGUGAAAUGGUUGUUUAAUGGUAAACACUGCCUGGGAUAUCUGGAUACGAGUACAAAGCUUCAGGUUCUCCAUCCAGGCCGGGCGAUUUGCAUGGAACAUACUUUUGGGCCGGAAUGUCUCUGAAUCAGCACCGUGUUCUGGGAAUUCCUGGGUAUCACGUGUCUCUGUGAUGUCGAUCCAUGAUGGGUUUCCAGCUAUUAUUGUUGGUAUCUCGUUGGGUUCCACUAACAGAAGUGAUGAGCCUUUAGGUUAUCGACAAGAAGAGUUUUGCUGGCUGGCUUCUUUCACCGCAAUGUUGGUGCAUUUCUCUCACAACAUCUCUAAAACCAACCCUGCUUUAAGAUCACGACAGACUCCUCUGAGGAAGAAGCUUUUGAACAGCUUUUCUCUGGCUGUGAUGCUUGGUCUGACCUGGGUCAUCGUCUGCAUUUUGCUCAUCACCCAUGACAAAACUCUCAACCUCAUCCUGAGCAUAGUUUUCUGUCUCUGCAACACAACACAGGGCAUACAGAUAUUCGUAUUAUUUACACUAAGAUCUAUCUUAAAGUCAAAUCCAGCUCUUCUGAAUCCUGUGAAUGCACUACACAUUGGCCUUCACAGAAGAAACUUCUUUCUAUGGAAGGUUAAGUUACCGGAAAGCACAGAAACCUACACACCCUCAAAUCCUGACCCUGUCAGACCACCCCAUGUCAUCAAAGCCGCCAAGCCUUGCUUGAGGCAGCUGAAGGAUGCCGGACGGUGCUUUGCUUAA